AUGAAUAAUGAAAAAUCUAAAUCAAAGAAUAAAAAGUUAAAGUCAAUGAAAGCUAAUUCGGGAUCAAAUUCAAAUGCCCAGGACGAAAAUUUGUGCUCAGAUUCAGAUUACUACUUUUUAGCGGCGUAUACUACCGCCAUUGUGUUUACAUCACAAUUUUUAGGCUUUUUGGUACCUGUUCCAUAA